UUCCUGCCUUCCAGUUCCAGUCCUGGAUGAGUCUCUGCUAGUCUGCUCUGCUCUCCUCGACCCGUCCGCCUCCAACCAACCACGGGCAUGGCUGUCGCGACGGAAGAUGCCGCGCCUGCGCCCGCCGUCCCCGCGGCCGCUUCUGAUCCCGCCGCCGGUCCUAUUGAUGAUGAGAUUACAGUGGAGGAAACUUCUUUUGUGCAUACUGAACCUCCCCAAGAUGACAAUGCCCCACCUGUGGUUACCACUGAUACGGAAGUUCUCCAUGACAAAGUUAAGAAGCAAGUCAUUAAAGAAGGCCAUGGGAAGACACCCUCAAAAUUUUCCACAUGCUUUGUGCAUUAUAGAGCAUGGGUUCAAAGCUCUCUUCAUAAAUUUGAGGAUACUUGGCAAGAACAGCAUCCAAUUGAAAUUGUUAUUGGAAAAGAGAAAAAGCAAAUGACUGGUUUGGGCAUUGGUGUUGGUAACAUGAGAAGCGGGGAACGUGCAUUGUUGCAUGUUGGCUGGGAGCUAGGCUAUGGUAAAGAAGGAAGCUUUUCAUUCCCAAAUGUCCCUCCAACAGCAGACCUUAUAUAUGAAGUUGAACUCAUUGGAUUUGAUGAUGCCAAAGAGGGCAAAGCCCGUAGUGACAUGACGGUAGAAGAGAGGAUUGAAGCAGCAGACAGGAGGAAGCUUGAGGGUAACGAUUACUUCAAAGAGAAGAAAUUUGAGGAGGCUAUGCAGCAAUACGAGAUGGCUGUGGCAUACAUGGGAGAUGAUUUCAUGUUUCAGUUGUUUGGAAAGUACAGAGAUAUGGCUUUGGCUGUGAAAAACCCUUGCCAUCUCAACAUGGCGGCAUGCCUGAUCAAACAAAAGAGAUUUGAUGAAGCUAUCGCACAAUGUAGCAUCGUGUUGUCAGAGGACGAAAUCAAUGUCAAAGCACUCUUCAGACGCGGGAAAGCUAGAGCGGAGCUCGGCCAGACUGAAUCGGCAAGGGAGGACUUCCUGAAGGCCAAGAAGCACGCCCCAGAAGACAAGGAGAUCCUGCGGGAGCUCCGUUUGCUUGCCGAACAUGAUAAAGCUAUAUACCAGAAGCAGAAAGAGAUGUACAAAGGCCUCUUCGGGCCGAGGCCCCAACCCAAACCCAAGGCCAGGAAUUUCAUCCUCCUCUUCUGGCAGUGGCUCGUGUCGCUGAUACGUAAUCUCGCUAAGAUAUUCACACGCAAGAAUGACUAGCAAAGUCUAGCAUGAUCUGCCUCCUAGGGGCCUUGUGUGCAAGUGCUGUAGGUUGACGGUGACACCGAAGAACCUGGUGAUGAUCAUUUAUGGUUCCUUCUCUGUAACUUAUUGCUUUCACCUUUGACUUUACGGAUUGUAUUUCUAUUUCUAUAGUAUAUAAACUUUGGCAUC